GAUAUCAAAUUCAUCAGUGUGUGUUAGUUGACAGCGGGAAGUACUCAUAUCGAAUGCGCGAACGAGCGUAAAAUACGUGACAAUCAAUUGAAGUUCCGAUAGUCAGUUGUUCAAUGGGUUUUUAAAUUCGCGGUGGUUGUGUCCGUGAUGAUGUGACUGAAGAUGUAUAAGGACAAAGAACUGAGGGCUGUAAUUGCGUUGCGUGUUUAAUUAAUUCAACAGACCGGUUUUAUUGGUGUAGCGGACAGCGGCUACUGGAGACGUUGUUUACAAUGGCGUUUUCACUUAAUAAGUUGAAGAAUAUUUUGAACAAUAACAGGGAGGGUCAGUUAGCGGGUAGUGGAAGCUUGGAACCGGAGAUCGGGUUCAAGUUAGCGCUGCACCCGGUGGCCAAGAACUUGUUCGUGACCGUUAUCGGCGCGAGACACCUCCCCUCCUUGUUUGGACUGAGUCGCGCCCAUGGAUACCUCGUUAAGGUUAAGCUUUUUCCGGGGGACAGUAAGUUCGAAACAACAUUACAAGAAAGUUCGUGGCCAGUUUGGAAUGAGGAUUUUAAAUUCCAAUUGAAACCGAAAGAUGCGAAGAAACCCACAGAAAAAGGUGACCUUCAGAGUUUGUUAGCCGGCCAUUUUUUGUCACUGACAAUUUACGCCAUAUUAGAGCCUCCCAAACAAGAGACAGACAGGCGGAAAAAUAGCAAAACAUUAGACGCGAAAAAGACUCCUAAGGUAUCAGACCAAGAGGAAACGAAACCUAAAUCAGGAUUUCUAGAAAAGACAUUCAGUAGUUUUAAGUCGACAAAAGCAGAAGCCAUAGCUCAGAAGUCACUUUUGGAAAAGAGAAGAACCGUGGGUGCUGCUACGUGGAACUUCGACUCAAAACUCUUUCAGAAUGAUCUCAAGAAUGGUUUGAUUGGUACUCCUGAUAUUUGGAGACCCAUCAAUGCUAUAACAAGUGGAUUGGUGGCGGCUGAUUCAAGGAGAGAGAACAAAAAGGGCCAGCUGGAGGUGACUCUCCUCUACACGGCCAGCGAGGAUGGCCUCAACGACAACGUCCAGCUGACCGUCAACCGGCUGAGGUGCAGCGUGCAGACCAUGCAGGAGCAGGAACAGUUCAAAGCGCCGUUGUACCUGAAGGCAACGAUAUUGGAGGCCAACAAAGCAGAGUGCUACUGGAAGAGCGACAGAUUCGCGCCCACAAUCUCCGCAAGAUGGGACCCGAAGUCAGCCACUGUGAAAUUGACGGUGUUCAAAGCGAGCCUCAACAAAGUCAGCAUAUACAUCAGUUUGGGAUGUAAAACAAAAAUGGCGAAGAAGGAAAUUCUCGGGAAAGCCACCAUUGACGAGAAGUCGGCCUACUCCGACACUUGGAGCGAGUGUUUGAGACAGCCAGGCAUUCCCAAAACUUUCUGGGUCAAUUUCGAAUGAAAGUUACUCGCACAAAUCAUCGGAACUUUCAGAUAGGGUUAAAUGAAACCACAGAACCGAUACGGAAAAUGACAUAAAUUGACAGCAACUUUUAAGAACGUUAUUUUUGCUGAUUAUUUUUAGAAUUGAAUGGUUGAUUGGUUAGAUUUUAGAAAUCUGUGUUUAUAAACUGUUGAUUUCCUUGCAUACAAACAUAUACGUAGUCAUAAGUUAAUGUCACAACAUUAUUUAUGUUGUAAAUGUUUCUCUUGUUCCAAUCCAUUCACUGACUUGAUAAUAUUAUCUUUUUCCACAAUAUCACAUCGUUAUUUGGGCAGGAAGCCUUGUCAUGAUAGCAAAUUUUAAUGUCUUCACAUAUUUAGAGGGUGUAAGGAACAGUGCCUUUAAAUAAUGUGACAUGUCGAUUUCGUCGGAAUGGCGUCGCGAGUCGCAUACGUCGAUUGUUUUGUAUCCAAUGUAAUUGUAAAUAUUGUAAUGUACCGAAGCACAUAAUAAAAUUUAAAGGGAAUGCUAUAUUAACUAGAAUAGAAGUUCAGGUUGGUGAAUAACUAAGUUAAAACUAGUUUCAAGUAGGUAGUAUUCAAAACUUUCACGCAAUUAGUAGGUACAUUAUUUCACUUAUUAAUGUUAUUUCUUAUUUUAGUGUCUUAAAUCAUUUAUUAUAGUCUAUGCGAAUGUGUACGUGUACGUCCAAUGUUGUGCUUUAAAAGCACUAAUUGAGACUAAAAAAAUAUUUUCCCCGUUAAUGACAAACACUGAUAAUAUCAAUUGAGAACUAAGUUUACAACUUUAGUUUCUGCCAACCCUAAGUUUAACCCUUAAUGUUCUUCAAAUAAAAUGUAACAAAGGCACAUGAUAAUUGUAGAAAUUCAGAAUGUGAAAUGAAGUUAUGUUAAACUCAAAUUACCCUCUAAGAGCGCCUUACAUGUUAAACAUAUUUUUAAUACAAAUUCUAUUUCUCAAAUCCCGAAUUCCGAUCCCGGAUGCGUUGUUCCUGGAAAGGUCAUGAGAGUUAAUUAUCGAAAUCGGUGGCGAUAUUUACCAUCGACGUGACCUUGGUGGCUUGAACAUACAAAGGCAGAGGGAAUUUUAAUGUAACCUUAUCUUAAGGUCCAAAAAUUUGAACUUGCUAUGCCUGUUAAAGAUUUAAUAAGCAUGACAUGAAAUCACAGUAAUGUACCUAAUGUAGUAAGUAUGUAAAAAAAUAUUUUUUAUUUUAAUUAUCCACUUUUGUACCUAUUUAUUUGUUGUGUUGCAGAUGACAUCACUAUACUCGUAUUUCUAAGAUGAAUUUGAUGGUAUACCUAUGUAUAAAGGUAAUGACAAAACCGAUUGAUAUUCAUAUUUGGUUGUUAUCUAAAUCUUAAGUCGACUAUAUUGUUGUGAUGUGAGUACUCGUACGAUCAAAAAUUUGUGACAAUUUGUUAAUGUGAGUAUAUAUUUUUAUAAAUAAAUGGUUACUAAGCACGA